AUGAAUCAGAAAAUUGUGAUGAGAAAUGAAGAUUAGGAAGUUGAAGUCUCUGGAACAGAAUAAGUAUAUUGUUUAAUUAAUAUCAAGCCAGUUGAAAUAUAAUAGGAGACAAUUAAAUUAAAUGAAGCACAUAUUGACUUAAUUGUCAAAGAAUUUGAUGUUGAUAGAUUUUAAGCAACAAGAUGGCUAAAAAAGAAUGAAGGAGAUUUGCAAAAGACAAUUAAGUGGAUAAUUAGCAAUUGA